CAAGCAUCCUGCACCAUGGAGGCGGUCACAGCACCAAAGCCAUGGACAUUAUAUGCUUUAGGACACAGAUCGUUUCCUAUUUUAAUGUUCAUUUUAAGCCAAUGUUAUUAUCGGAUAAGAGCAGAUGACGGCGGCAUGGAGGAACUUGCCACGGAGAAAGAGGCAGAGGAAAGUCACAGGCAGGACAGCGUGAAUUUACUUACAUUUAUUUUGCUUUUGACACUCACUAUCCUCACAAUAUGGCUCUUCAAACACAGAAGAGUGCGCUUCCUGCACGAAACCGGACUGGCUAUGAUAUACGGUCUGUUGGUGGGAGUUAUUUUGCGGUAUGGCAUUCCCUCCACCAGCUACCAUAAUAAAACUCCUCCGAGUUGCACCCUGAAGGAAGGUCCCGUCAGCACGGUGCUCCUCAACGUUAGUGGAAAGUUCUUUGAGUACACUCUCAAGGGGGAGAUCAACCUUAGAGAAAUCCACAGUGUGGAGCAGAACGACAUGUUGCGCAAGGUGACCUUUGACCCAGAGGUGUUCUUCAACAUUCUGUUACCUCCCAUCAUAUUCCAUGCCGGAUAUAGCCUCAAAAAGAGACACUUCUUCAGAAACCUAGGAUCCAUUAUAACCUAUGCUUUCCUGGGCACUGCCAUUUCCUGUUUUGUCAUUGGAAACCUCAUGUAUGGGGUGGUGAAACUGAUGCAUGUUUUCGGUCAACUCACCGACAAGUUCUACUACACAGACUGCCUCUUUUUCGGUGCCAUCAUAUCUGCCACAGAUCCAGUCACAGUGCUUGCGAUCUUUAAUGAGCUCCAUGCUGAUGGUGAUCUCUAUGCACUGCUGUUCGGAGAGAGUGUCAUGAACGAUGCAGUCUCCAUAGUGCUUUCAUCGUCAAUUGUGGCGUAUCAGCCUGCAGGAGCCAACACACACACAUUUGAUGCCUCUGCCUUUUUCAAAUCAGUGGGCGUCUUCUUGGGCAUCUUCAGUGGCUCUUUCGCCAUGGGAGCAGUCACUGGAGUAGUCACUGCCCUCGUGACAAAAUUCACCAAGCUGCACUGUUUCCCUCUACUGGAGACGGCUCUGUUCUUCCUCAUGUCUUGGAGUACUUUUCUACUGGCUGAAGCAUGUGGAUUCACAGGUGUUGUCGCUGUGCUGUUUUGUGGAAUCACACAGGCUCAUUAUACCUACAACAAUCUCUCGGAGGAGUCGACCAAACGUACUAAACAGUUGUUUGAAGUGCUGCACUUCCUAGCAGAGAACUUCAUCUUCUCGUACAUGGGCCUGGCACUCUUCACCUUCCAGAAUCACGUCUUCAGCCCCAUUUUCAUUGUUGGAGCCUUUAUAGCCAUCUUUAUCGGCCGGGCCUUGAACAUCUACCCCUUGUCUUUCCUGAUUAACCUUGGCCGAAGACACAAAAUCAGUGGAAACUUUCAGCACAUGAUGAUGUUUGCAGGGCUGCGAGGGGCAAUGGCAUUCGCUCUGGCGAUCCGCGACACCGCCACAUACGCGCGACAGAUGAUGUUCACCACGACCCUGCUCAUUGUGUUCUUCACAGUUUGGGUGUUUGGAGGAGGCACCACGCCAAUGCUGUCCUGGCUACAUAUCAGGGUUGGAGAGUCUUCUGCUGCUGAGAAGGAGAGGCUGCGUAGACUGAGGAAUUACAUCAGAGUUGGAGUGGACCCUGAUCAGGAUCUUCAGCAAUGUGGGGACAGCUUCCAGGUCCUUCAGGGAGAUGGAACCCAGUCAGAAGGGCAGAGCAAGACCAAGCAGGAAAGCGCCUGGCUCUUUAGACUUUGGUAUACUUUUGACCACAAUUACCUGAAGCCUAUCCUGACCCAUAGCGGCCCCCCUCUGACCUCCACCCUGCCGGCCUGCUGCGGUCCGCUGGCUCGAUGUCUGACCAGCCCCCAGGCCUAUGAGAACCACGAGCCGCUGCGAGACAGUGACUCAGACCUCAUCCUGAACGAAGGAGACCUGACGCUGACCUACGGUGACACAGCCAUCACAGCCAACGGAGCCUCGUCCUCCUCCGGCCCCGAAGGAUCGGCCGGGAGCUGGGGAUUGAACGGCAAACGCAGCGACAGCACAUCGGAAGACGCUCUGGAACGAGAACUGGAUACACGUGAACAUGAGCUCUUGAGCCGUGGCACACGUUUAGUUUUCCCCAUCGAGGACCACGCUUGACCCAGUCCCCAAACCUCAAACCACACCUCCCUGUGCUUCAUACCUUAACUUUUCUUGCACAUAACUCCAUCUGACCAUUCAUGACCCCUCCAAAGAUUUCAUGCAGUGGGUCUGAAAAAUCCAGGAAACAGAAAGAUGGAGAGCAGGAGGGUUUGUGCUCGGGAUGUAUUUACCAGAACGGAGGUGGCGUAAUAGAUGGUAUGGCAGACUUUGUGAUUCAGUGUCUCCUCAUGAAAAUGUGACUUGUAGGAGGAAAAAAAAACGAAAAAAAUAAAACCGCUGUUGAGAAUGCA